AUGGCAGAAUGCAACUGCAAUCUCCAUGCAAGAAAGUGCAGAUUCAACAUGGAACUGUACAAGCUGUCCGGACGUGUCAGUGGAGGCGUUUGUCUGCAGUGCCGGCAUUUUACGGCAGGAAGACACUGUCACUAUUGUCGAGAAGGUUACUACAGGGAUCCGGCGAGACCGAUCCAACAUCGUAAGGCCUGCAAACCGUGUGACUGCCAUCCAAUCGGAGCUUCCGGAAAAACUUGUAACCAAAGUACCGGCCAAUGUCCGUGUAAAGACGGGGUAACUGGUACCACUUGUAACAGAUGUGCCAGAGGUUACCAACAGAGUAGAUCGCAUAUUGCACCUUGCAUCAAAAUACCGAGAGUUGUGCAGACCCAAGGAACAGCUGGCGAAGAAAGCGGAGAACACGAAGACGAUGACGACGAACGUGGUUACGAUGGACGAGCUGAUCAAUGUGGGAAAUGUCGAGCCAGUACCAAAAGAUUAAACUUGAACAAAUAUUGCAAAAGAGAUUAUGCUAUUUUGGGCAGAAUAACAGACAGACACAAAAAGAAUGAUGGUUCUCCAGCUGGAACAAGCGUGUCCGGUUCAGUUUGGAUACGUUUCACCUUAAACGUUGACUUCAUUUAUAAAAAAUCUCCGAACUCGAGGAUUCGUCGUGGUGAUGUGUUUCUUUACGUACACUCAGCCGACUUAGCUUGCAGAUGCCCGAAAAUCAAACCAAACAGGUCGUACUUGAUUCUUGGCCAAGAGAGCGAUGGCGGAGGUCAAGGUGGACUGACAGUGACACAAAGGUCGAUUGUGAUCGAAUGGCGCGACGAGUGGCAUCGUCGAAUGCGACGCUUCCAGCGGAGGGCGAAAUCGUGCCAUUGAACUAAUUUGCAUCACACCAAGGAAAAUUAGACGGAGAAAGAAGGGAAGAUAGAGAAAAUAGCGGAGAAGAAAGGAAUGGAAACAAAAGAAAAAGAACAAACAAGAGAGAUAGAGAAAUAGAAGUUAAAACUUUACUCGUAUACGUAGAAAAGGAUGCACAUUCAUUUUCAAAACUGCCAAUAGCUGUAUGUACUCUCGCAUACUUACUUCACGCAUGAAAUAAAAAUACUCGACGACAUCCUAAGAUUAAUGAUAAGUAACGAUGAAACUCAAAUAAAAUGAAAUGCAAGUGAGAAUCGAAAUUUAUGUAUCGUAGAAUAUAGACAGAUUCCAUGUUGUAUAAAAAGAUUUAUAAUUUGUUGAAGCCAAAUACGUCGGAAAUCAAACAUCUAUAUCUAUAAAAAGGAAAAUUUCUUUUAUUUUUCUUUAAUUAUAUAUUUGAUUAUUGCAAUAGUUUUCUUUGAUUAUUUUCAUUGAAACGACACUAUCUAACAUUUGACAUUUACUUGAGAUAUUUACAUACGUAUAAUAUCACCAGUAAAGC